CCCAAAAUCCUUAAUGAGUAACUUAGCAAGAGGAGAAGGCAAAUGCUGCCCCAGCUGUUUCCUGUUGAAAAUGUCUCUGUAAUGUAGAUAAAUGUGAGGGAUUUUCUCUCCAAAUCCGUCUCCCGUUCGCUAAAUCUCACUUCUCCACAACGAGCCUGCGCAAUGGAACAAAGUCGGAAUAUUGAGAUGUGACAUUGCCCGCAUCUCAUCCUCUUUCUCGCUUUUUAAUGACUUCAAACAAGUUCAUUUUUGCUGGGCUUUUGCUGGAGACCCAUGGGGAUGUCUAGCGGUCAUUUCUUCCAGGGGCAUUGGUGUCAUGCCUUUAAGUGUACCAUGCGCUGUCUCUCGUGCACCCACACCCUCUCACUGGUGCUGUGCGUACUCGCGUUGACUCCCGCGACACUGGAGGCGGGGCCGGAGACGCUGUGCGGGGCGGAGCUUGUAGACACGCUGCAGUUUGUGUGUGGAGACAGGGGCUUUUAUUUCAACAAACCAAUAGGAUAUGGGCCUAGUUCGAGACGGUCGCAGAACCGCGGCAUUGUGGACGAAUGCUGCUUUCAGAGCUGCGAACUGCGGCGCCUUGAGAUGUACUGUGCACCUGUGAAAACCGGAAAAACUCCACGAUCCCUACGAGCGCAACGGCACACGGACAUCACCAGGACAGCAAAGAAACCUAUAUCUGGACAUAGCCACUCUUCCUGUAAGGAGGUUCAUCAGAAGAACUCAAGCCGAGGAAACACAGGGGGCAGAAACUAUCGCAUGUAGGACAGCGGGGGGAACGGCUAUACAAGCGAAACUGUUGGACAGUGGAAAACGGGAUGAAAGAAAGACUGGUCUUCCAGGGGCGUGCUCCACUGUAAAAAAAAAAAAAAAAAAAAAAAUGAUUUACUGAAUAUCUGAUGAUUUCCAUGCACUGCACCAUUCUAUACUGGGGGAAAAUACUAAAUUAGCUGCUAUAAAGAGUCAAAUAAUAACUGUUUAUCCUCCUUGUGUGAACGGUUGCACAUAAUGGAUGCCGAAAGCUUUUCAAAGUGGCAAAAAAAUGUGUCAGAGCCCUAUAAAUUGGCCCUACUCUAGUUCGCAGCACCUAUUAAAUGUUCAUAUUCCACUGAAUUCUGAUGGAUGGCCACUGGAACAGAAGUAAUAGGUGACUAUUGAUGCCCCACACACAUUAAGUUACUUAUAAUUCUUAUCACAAUCUGGA